AGCACUUCAAUCAUUGUCUACCUUCGUUGUUUGUAUAGUGCACAUUACGUUGAGUUUCUAUGCAACAAGUUGCGGAACUAUACAUAUCGAUUAUGCGCAGCCAGCCCACAUAGCAGCGCUUCUUUUCUCUGAGGAACGAACCGUGUGGUUGCGCAGGCGCUGCCGUAACUACUGCUUGCUGUCGAGACAGCACAAUCAGUAGUAGAGAUCAGUAUUUCACGCGCCCGCCGUCAAUGAAACACAAUGGUUUCCUCCGACAAGCCCAAGACAGACGUUUACAGGCGAAAUAACAAUUAUAGCCUUCAACUAAAUCGUUGGAUUUUGAAACCGAUAGGCGUUUGGCCUGAGUUACCUUCGAGUUCGACAACCGAAAAGAUUUUAUCAAAACUUUUGAGAUUAACGUGUCAUUCUUUGGUAGCUCUCACUGUGGUGCCUUCUAUACUGUACAUCCUCUUUGAGGAGAAAGAUGUCCGUUUAAAGUUGAAAGCCGUAGGGCCCACGAGUCACUGGCUCAUGGGCGGUAUAAAUUAUUGCUCGUUAUUGUAUCAAAAGAGACAGAUACGUAAAUCCAUCGAGCAUAUGGAAGCCGAUUGGCAAAUGGCAAAGAGAGAAUGCGAUCAGGAAUUGAUGCUGAGGAAUGCGAGAAUGGGACGCGUUAUAGCGGGGGUUUGCGCCCUCAUCAUGCAGGGUGGUAUCUUCUCUUAUAAUGUGGCAAGGGGAACGUCACCGAUACUCGUUACGAUCGGCAACGAAACGAUCGCGAUAGGCCGCUUACCCUGUCCGUCUUUUAAUAAGAUCGUGGACACCAGAUUCAGUCCAGUGUACGAAGUUGUGUUCACGUUGCAGUGUCUCUCGUCCCUCGUGGUGAAUAACACCACGGUCGGUGCGUGCGGUCUCGCCGCGGUAUUCGCGAUGCACGCAUGCGGCCAACUCGGCGUAAUAAUGUCGCGACUCGAGGAACUCGUUGAGGAAAAAGAACGCAAUGUCAUCCAGAGAAAACUGGCGAAUCUCGUCGAGCGUCAUCUACGAGCAUUAAGAUUUCUUUCGCGCAUGGAAAUAAUAAUGCGUCAAGUGUGUCUUGUGGAAUUAGCUGGAUGUACAUUCAACUUAUGUAUGCUAGGAUAUUACACCAUUACGGAAUGGCACGAGGAAAGUACGAAUACUUUAAUAACGUACCUUAUUGUGUUGACGUCGAUGAUGUUUAAUAUUUUUAUUUUUUGUUACAUCGGUGAUCUCGUUACAGAACAGAGUAAAAAGGUCGGUGAAGCAGCUUAUAUGACAAAUUGGUACCAGUUGCCACAUAAACAUGUACUUGGUCUGAUUUUAAUAAUUUUACGAUCGAGCUCAGUUAUUAAAAUCACCGCAGGAAAGAUAUUUCAUAUGUCAAUCUCAACUUUCGGUGAUGUAAUUAAAACUUCUGUAGCAUAUUUGAAUAUGCUUAGAACUUUAACCAUGUAAAUUUUGUACGAUAAAAUGCUAGUCUUAAAUAUAAUAUUUGUCGUAUA